UCACAUGCAAGCGGAUGAGGUUCGGCUGUGGACGAUCCUAUCAUUUGAAGCGGAGCAGCUUGAGACCGGGGGGUGGUUUGCUGCGUCUUCUUCGGACGUGUUCAGGUGAUCACCUACGCAUCCAGCCGUCUCUCCACUACGCAAACCCCGAGUAGAUGUUGAACUCUAUGCAUGGUCAGCUUCUCACCUGAACCCCAAUUUUAGUCCGCCGAAAUGGAAAAUGCGCACGCUAAACCGGCGAGUGAAGUUUUAGCUUUCUUUGGCGUGAAUGAAAACACCGGACUGACUCCGGAACAAGUCAAAGCGCAACUGGAGAAAUUCGGGCCGAACGAGCUCCCUGCUGAAGAAGGAAAGUCCCUGUGGGAACUGGUGUGGGAACAGUUUGAAAAUCUUCUAGUCCGGAUCCUGCUUCUUGCAGCCUGCGUCUCUUUUGUGUUGGCUUUAUUUGAGGAGGGUGAGGAGUCAGCCACCGCCUUUGUUGAGCCUGUCGUCAUCCUCCUUAUCCUCAUCGCUAAUGCCGUCAUUGGUGUCUGGCAGGAGCGAAAUGCUGAGAAUGCCAUUGAGGCGCUUAAAGAGUAUGAACCCGAAAUGGGAAAGGUGUACCGCAUGAACCGUAAGGCCGUGCAGAGAAUCAAAGCCAGGGACAUUGUUCCAGGGGAUGUAGUAGAAGUAGCAGUUGGUGACAAAGUUCCAGCAGACAUCAGGGUGACGUCUAUUAAAUCCACUACUUUGAGAGUGGACCAAUCUAUCCUGACAGGGGAGUCUGUGUCCAUCAUCAAACACACUGACCCAGUCCCUGACCCAAGAGCUGUCAAUCAAGACAAGAAGAACAUGUUGUUUUCUGGCACCAACAUCGCUGCCGGUAGGGCCACCGGCGUGGUGGUGGCGACCGGCGUGGCCACCGAAAUUGGCAAAAUUCGCAAUCAGAUGGCGUCAACGGAACAAGAUAAGACGCCGCUGCAGCAGAAGUUGGACGAGUUCGGCGAGCAGCUCUCCAAGGUUAUCUCCCUCAUCUGCGUGGCCGUGUGGGCGAUCAAUAUCGGCCACUUCGGGGAUCCCGUCCACGGCGGUUCCUGGGUGCGGGGAGCUAUCUAUUACUUUAAGAUAGCGGUGGCCUUGGCGGUGGCCGCCAUCCCCGAAGGGCUGCCCGCCGUCAUCACCACCUGCCUGGCCCUCGGGACCCGCCGUAUGGCCAAGAAGAACGCCAUCGUGCGCAGUCUGCCUUCAGUGGAGACCCUUGGCUGCACCUCUGUGAUCUGCUCUGACAAGACAGGGACCCUCACCACCAACCAAAUGUCUGUCUGCAGAAUGUUUGUGGUGGACGAAGUGAAGCAUUCAAGCUGCACCCUGCAUGAGUUCUUCAUUACAGGAUCCACCUAUGCACCUGAAGGGCAAAUAUUAAAAGGAGACCGGCCAGUCCAGUGUGGAGACUAUGAUGGACUUUUGGAGUUGGCCACCGUGUGUUCCAUGUGCAAUGACUCUUCAUUGGACUACAAUGAGGCCAAAGGUGUGUACGAGAAAGUGGGUGAAGCCACGGAAACUGCUCUUACAACCUUGGUGGAAAAGAUGAAUGUCUUCAAAACGGACCUUUCCGGACUCAGCAAGGUGGAGCGUGCCGGGGCCUGCAAUGCGGUGAUCAAGCAGCUAAUGAAGAAAGAGUUCACAUUGGAGUUCUCUCGUGACCGCAAGUCCAUGUCAGUCUACUGCACGCCAGUCAAGCCUGGCUCUCAGAGCAAGAUGUUUGUCAAGGGUGCACCAGAAAGCGUGAUUGAGCGCUGUCAGUACAUGCGCGUGGGAACUGCAAAGGUGGCGCUGACCCCCGCUUUGCGAGACCAGAUCUUAUCCAAGAUCCGUGACUGGGGGACUGGGAGAGACACUCUGCGCUGCCUGGCUUUGGCAACUCGUGACAACCCACCACGCAAAGAGGACAUGGAUUUGGAGAAUUCGAGCAAAUUUGUGGACUAUGAGCUGAGCCUCACGUUCAUUGGUUGCGUGGGCAUGCUGGACCCGCCUAGGAGGGAGGUCAUGGGCUCUGUGAAACUCUGCAAUGACGCAGGUAUUCGUGUGAUCAUGAUCACGGGCGACAACAAGGGCACAGCAGUAGCCAUCUGCCGGCGCAUCGGCAUCUUCGGCGAGGAGGAGGACGUGGCGGGAAAGGCCUACACUGGCCGCGAGUUCGAUGAUCUUUCCCUGGAAGCCCAGAGAGAGGCUGUGAAACAUGCGCGAUGCUUUGCGCGUGUGGAGCCGGCUCACAAGUCGAAAAUUGUCGGAUACCUGCAGUCCUUUGAGGAGAUCACUGCUAUGACUGGAGAUGGUGUAAACGACGCCCCUGCCUUAAAGAAAGCCGAGAUCGGCAUCGCCAUGGGCUCGGGCACCGCUGUGGCCAAAUCAGCCUCUGAGAUGGUCCUUUCUGAUGAUAACUUCUCCACUAUUGUGUCUGCCGUCGAGGAGGGCAGAGCCAUCUACAACAACAUGAAGCAGUUCAUCAGAUACCUUAUCUCCUCCAACGUGGGCGAAGUUGUGUGCAUCUUCCUGACAGCCAUUCUGGGUCUCCCCGAAGCUCUGAUACCAGUCCAGUUGUUGUGGGUCAAUCUGGUGACUGACGGUCUGCCUGCCACCGCCCUGGGUUUUAAUCCCCCUGACCUGGACAUCAUGGACAAACCGCCACGUAAUCCCAAAGAACCUCUUAUAUCAGGAUGGCUUUUCUUCCGCUACCUGGCUAUUGGAGGCUACGUAGGACUUGGGACAGUGAGCGCAGCCACAUGGUGGUAUCUGUUUGAUGAACAAGGGCCGCAAGUGUCUUUUUAUCAGCUGAGACACUUUAUGCAGUGCACUGAGGAUAACCCAGUGUUUCAGGGAAUAGACUGUGAGGUGUUUGAAUCCCGCUACCCCACCACCAUGGCCCUAUCAGUGCUUGUCACGAUCGAAAUGUUCAACGCGCUCAACAGUUUGUCUGAGAACCAGUCCCUUCUCAGAAUGCCUCCCUGGGUCAAUAUUUGGUUACUGGGAGCCAUUGUACUUUCUCUCUCCCUCCACUUCUUCGUCCUUUAUGUUGAACCCAUGCCACUGAUCUUCCAGGUGACCCCUCUACGAUGGUCUCAGUGGACCGUGGUCCUGAAAAUUUCAUUUCCUGUCAUCCUCCUAGACGAGGCUCUAAAAUAUAUUUCCAGGCAUCACCUUGAAGCCUAAAUUCUUAUCUCCUUCUUUGGAAAGGUGAUGACGACACAAAGUACCGUCGGAGAUGGCAGCAGAAUUAAGCCAACUCCCUAAAUCACGCUCACACAGUUAGACCCAGGCCUUGCUUCUUCGUUUUCCAAGUGACAACACCCUACUCAUCAUUCCCUACGUCUGCAUGACGGAAGAACCACCACUACACAGUCAAGAGGCAUGCGUGACAACAGAUGUGCUAGAAAAACAUCACUGCUUGAGUGCAAGAGUGAAUAUAGAUAAGAUAUCUACAUUUUUUGGGAGAGGAGAUUAAAAAUCCAGGGGGUGUUAAAGAGAAGAUAAUCCUAAAUGACCACAGAGAUGGAAAAGUGAUUGUUAAUUGGUGGCAUAUGGAGGUUCUUGGGCUGCUGUCUAUGGGCGUGUGUGUGUAUGUGUGUCCACAGUAAUCCAGUGGUACUCCCCAAGCUUCUGCAAAUCACUUUUCUAGGAGUAGUUGAGAUAUUGAUCUCCAGCUUGUCACAGUAAAGCUUUCUUGUCACUCUUCGUCUUUUCCGCUCAACGCAAAUAGGGUGAGCCGAGCUUAACUGUCUUAAUUUGACUGCACUUGUGUCAUUAGCGCUGAGGGUUUGAAUAGCUUUACACUGAUUGGCUGACAAUUAAAAAUUGGGGCAAAUGAGAAGUUAAUUACAAAGGUCGGUGUCAAGAAGCAAUGAAACCUGUGUGUCGCUGUUGUCGUUCUUAUUUCGCCGGUUUACACCCAGGAUACUACUCAAAAUUGUGGAAUAUUGGACUUUUGAGUAAAAUUUUGGGAACAAAAAUGCACUCUAAUCUCAAUAGUCAAUAGCAACUGUUGUGAAACUGAAAAGGGUAAAUUGAGCUGUCCGAAUACGAUUCCGCGUAUGAGUCGUCAAUUCUGCUACUUGUAAAGUAACAGAAAAUUCUACAAAAAAAUAAUGAAACAUUCAACAGUUGGGCAGAGUAUCAUAAUGAGUUAACUCUUUGACAGUCAUUGGCGGUGAUCGACCGCCAAUGGCAUUAAAGUUUGAUCAUUGGCCGUCAACGAGCUAAUGAUUUCUAAAAGUAUCAAAUGUUUUUGAGAUUAAAACAUAAAUUUAAUAAUCCGUCAACCCCUCCAAAUAUUAGGAUUAAUCUACUUUUGCAAUUAACCUAUGAAGUCCAACAUUGUCUUUAACAUUGAAACAGGAUCAUUGGUAGUGAACAAAUCAAUGGUAAAUUAACCUGUUUUGUGAUCUAUCGAUGAAUUUGACCUUGCGAUUAAUCUAAUUUUGCGAUUACCGUCAAUGGCAUGGAAACAUGAUCGUUCACUCUCAGCCCUCCAAGUUCAAACUAAUCUGAUGUCUAUCUCCAUCCAUGGCAGCCUGUAAAUUAAUUCGUAAAUAUUGAACUGCGCUUGAGGCUCAUCCUUAAAUUUAACCUGGAAGUUGAAUAUUCCUUAGUUUUUGUCAGUAGUACUGUAAGAAUUCAGGCUCUGAGUCAAACAUGUUCAAUACAAGCUCAGAAAUGUCAAAUAGGCUGCUUGAUUGUCCCAAAAGUAUUGAUUGAAUCACACCAUGCCUUAUACUGUACAGCCCCACUGCAUCUCCACUUUGAACAAGUGGUGAAAAUGAAUGUCCCACUCCGUGGUUUUGGUCAUAUUUUAUGUGUGUGUUGUGCAUGCGCGCUGCUUUUUGCGCCUCCCUUGUUCUCAGUCUUUUAGCAACUAAUUGGCAAGUGUUUUAUAGAAUUAAACAACAUACAUAUUUGACUGACUGAAUGCACAGGGUUGAGCUAGAGUCCUUUUACCUCAUUGGCUGGCAUUGACGGCGAUAGGCGUCCAAUCCGUUUGAACCGGAAGGGCUGAACGAAUGUUCAUUCGCUACCAACCCUCCCAGUUUAAUGGAUUGUACGUCUAAUAGUGAUAAACUCAUUUAAAGAGUCUUUUUAUUUAUAAGAGGCACGAGAUUGGAUGUCUAUCUUUGUCAGUGGCACUAAAAGAGUUAAUUAUUGGUUUUGUGUCAGGUCCUGGUGCUCUGUGGACCUGGUCAUGGUGGUUGGAUGUGUGUCUUAAAAUUAAAAAAAAAAAAAAGUCUUUGCUUCACGUUUAAGAUAAAGCAGUGGGAGUGUCAAAUUAAUUUUUAACAGCAAGAGCUAUAUGUGCUGCUGUCCUGGUUUUCCAAGGCUCAGCAACCUCCGACUAUAGAGGUCUGUAUAGGCUUAUUUACUACUGAAUCCUCAAUUCUGUACAGGAGAUGAAUGUACAAUAUGAUUGCAUGGAAUCAUGAUACUGUAAAAAUAAUAUUAAUAAUAAUAACAACCUAUACAGUAUAUAGAAUGUUUUGGCUAAUAUCAAAAGUUUUUUUUUUGCUUUUGGCACUUCUUACCUUUUUGUAGAAUAGAAAGUAAUUAUUGUUCAUGUUUGGUUUUUACAUUUUCUUGGGGUUUUGUGUGCGAUUGUAGGGGGAGAUGAAUAUAUCAUGUUUAAGAAUCCUUGUUUACGCUGGUAAACUGAUGACUAAUCAUUUCAGUUCACUGGUGUGAGAAUAGUCAGUUUGUGUGUUGACUGUGGGUUACGCUCAGCGAAACGGAGUGAUGAAUCCUCGGUAAUGAAGUUUUAUGACUGUACAGUGAAGGCAUUGAUGUGGAUGCAGGCUUGGAGACAACAUGGCGGUUCUUAGAAAUUAGACUUGUUGAUGGGACUGCCUUCCAGGUACUUCCACCAUUUUGGAUAAUCGUGCUCAGCAACAGUGCUAGAAUGAUUUUAUCAACAACACAACCAUUUAAAUAAAUAACGUGGGCAAAAUUCUCUACAGUCUGACCUCCACCUCUAAAAAUGGAAAUGAUUGCCUGUAUUGCCUUGUUAAUAUUCAAUGUGGUCACAUAAUUUUAUAAAUGACAACGACAUGGAAAUAAAGAUUCUUAUUUAUUAUGA